AUGCUGCCCAGACGUUAUAACAAUGGACCGUCAAUUUUACAUCUUUUUUAUGUCUUAACGUUAGGAAUUUUUAUAAAUGAAGUCAAGUCAUUUAUUCCUGCAGAACAAUAUGGUCAAUCAUCAGUUCUUGUAGGAACGAAACUUUAUUUUUUCGGUGGAAACCGCGGUUUUACUCUUCUUUCAAAUGAAGUAUUUUAUCUCGAUGUAUCUCAAUCUUUCACUUCAGAAAUUCCACCAUGGGUUGACCUGACUUCAUCAGCAGCAAUUCCAUUCGGAAGUUCAGCCGCUGCAGUUUCAUUAAGCGGUACUAAAGAUAAUCCAAAUAUUUAUUUAAUUGGUGGAUUAAUGAAUUAUAGUAGUGUAAAUUCGCCUAAAUCAUUGUUACAUUCAUUUAAUACUCAAACACUUAAAUGGGAUAUACCUGAUAUUAAAGGCAAAGUACCAAAAGCUCGCAUGCUUAUGAAAGCAAUUGUAUAUAUAGGAGGACUUAAUAUAGGAGAAAUUAAUGGUAUCAAAAUUGUAGACAUUGCCGAAAUUUAUCUUUAUGAUACAAAGUCGGACCGUUGGGAAGUGAUGGAUAUUUAUAAUAUGGUAAACGCUCAAGAAUAUAUAGAAAAAAAUUUUCCUAAAGAUGUUAAUGAAGUCAUUGCUAUAGAUAAGCAAUUAGAAGGAUCUUUAGAUUUAUCAGAAUAUAAUAAUCUAACCUGUGUAGACAUUGGCAUAAACUCUCGAUUAACAAGUUUACAACUUGCUCACUCGAGCAGAAUUACUUUUAUAAGCAUCUGUGCUACCGGCAUUGAUAAUUUUUCUUUUUUGGCUUACACGCCUAACAUUCAUGCAGUUUGUCUGCCUCGAGGAGGAGAUAAAAUUGGUAGCGCUUCUGGCAAUGCUUAUUUUUCCAAAGCAAUUCGAGAAAGUUGCCAAGAGAAAAACAAAUUGCAAAACAGUCUAGAGAAAUCAAAUCGGCAGAUCCAAACCCAACUAGAUCAAGAAAAAAAAAAAAAUAGUGACAAUUCCCAAAGAAUUAAAGAGUUAGAGCAACAGUUAGCUAAUGUUAAACAAGAAAUUCUAUCUUUACAAAGUAUAUUCCAGCAGAAACAACAAACUUUUGAUGAUCAACAAAGUCAGAUAAAAGAAUUGUACGAUAUUACUUUUUCUAAUAGUACGUAUAAUUUCACUAAUCUCAAAAAAGACAUUAUCCGACUUAAAUUCCAAGAAUUAGCGCCUCAAGUAAGAAAUGAAAGCGCUAAUUUGGUUCAGUUAAUUUCUGAAGCAAAAAACAAAGCUGGCAAUUUUUCUUCCAUAGUCGAUUUGAUCUUAGAAACUCAAAAGCAGAUUGUACAAAACAGCGAAACACUCAAGCGAGAAAAUUUAAGUGGCAAAAAGGAAGCUUAUCAAACCAUUCUUGCAAGCAGCUUGGCUGACGAAGAGCUGCAAACACUUUUAAACAAACAAACAGAAGUCCUAGAAUUAGAAACGCAUUUAAAAAGUUUAAAACUGAUGUGA